AUGACUGGCAUGGCAGAGCCACUAGCAGUGGGAAGAGUCAUAGGAGAUGUCUUGGAUGCUUUCAACCCAAGUGUUAAAUUUCAAGUUAUUUACAGUACCAACAAGCAAGUGUACAAUGGCCAUGAAUUCAUGCCAUCUGCUAUAUUAGCAAAACCUAGGGUCGAGAUCGGCGGUGACGACAUGAGAGCUUGUUAUACAUUAAUCAUGACAGAUCCAGACGCCCCCAGCCCUAGCAACCCACACUUAAGAGAGCACCUUCACUGGAUUGUAACGGACAUUCCCGGUACUACCAACGCAUCUUUUGGAAGGGAACUAAUCAGCUACGAGGCCCCCAAGCCUUUCAUGGGCAUCCACAGGUAUGUGUUCGUUCUUUUCAAGCAGAAAGGCAGGCAGACCGUGCACACUCCGAGUUCAAGAGAUCACUUCAACACAAGAAACUUCGCGGAGGAAAACGGCCUUGGCCUCCCUGUUGCUGCAGUCUACUUCAAUGCUCAGAGAGAAACAGCCGCCAGAAGGCGAUGAUAUUAAUUAAUUCGCAAAUAUAAAUAAGUAAUGGAGUUCGGAUUGCGUAUGUUUUGUUCGGUAGCAUGCUCGUGUUCCAUUGGUGAGGGUUCAAAGUUGUUUACGCCAGUAUCAGGGCUCUGGUUGGGAAUGAGAGUUUGGGCUUUUUUUUGGUAGAGCCAAAAAGGGCAGUGGUGGAGCGAUACGCACGGCGUCUCCCAGGGUACGAAGGCAACCUCCAGUAGGCUC